AAGGCGCAUCUCCAAGUGCUGCUACCUGCAUCUGCUGACAGACACCAUGAAGUCCCUUUCUCUACUUGUGCUUUUGGUUGUAUCUUUCGCCGGGCCUGCUCCCGCCAGUAAGGGUCUGCUCCGCCAGAAGAUGGUCAAUGGUUUUUCUUGGGAAAACUGCGAUGGUGAACAUGACCCAGUAUUGAUCACUAGCCUGGAAGUAGAACCAGUUCCUAUCAACGUCCCUGGAAAAGUAACCGUUGGCUUGGAGACCAAGACUGCUGUACCGCUCACUUCUCCUCUGAAGGUAGUGGUAACUUUGGAGAAAGAAAUGGCUCCUGGAUUCUGGUUGCUAAUCCCAUGUAUUAAAAAUAUUGGAAGCUGCACCUAUCGAGAUAUAUGUGAGACAAUUGACUCCUUCAUUCCAGCUGGGCAGCCCUGCCCUGAGCCUCUUCAUACCUAUGGCCUACCUUGUCACUGCCCCUUUAAGAAGGGUACCUACUCCCUGCCCAAGACCACCUUCGAAAUACCUCCUGUGAAGCUGCCACCUUCUCUGGGCAGUGGCAAUUACCGCACUCAGAUCAUUCUAGGCAAUAACAACACUCGUCUGGGCUGUUUCAAGAUCCAGGUCUCCCUCAAGGAGAAAUGAGACCAUCCUCCGGGUCUGGAUAGAGCUGCUUUCCUUCCCACCAUUCUCAGUCCCUCAUCCCCUUCUCCCCCCAACCAUGAACUGUUCAGCACCAUGCCCUUCAGCCUCAGCCAGGGGAUCACUCCCCAGGAACUGGAGCUCCCCAGUUUCUUCAAUCCCAGGACAACUACCUCUGUGCUUCUGUCUUCCUACACAUCCCAGAUCUCUCCAGCUUCCUCCCCAGGCCUAGGAUCUAUGAGCAGUUCCCAGGAUUCUUCCCCCAUGGGAAAAACUCAUCCAAAGAACUGUCCUAUAGUGUUGAGAAACACCUUCCUAAGAGUAUUAUUUCUCAAUUUUAGCAUAGGAUCUUUUAAAGUAAUAGUAGCUAAUAUUUACAUAAUUUGCAAUGGUCUUUAUAUAUAUUUUCUCAUUUUAAUGAUCCUCCUAGACAAGCUUCCCUUAGCUCCCCCCAUCAGUGCCACUUGUAGUGUUCCCCACUCUGUAAGGGGCAUGGUGGGGGGAGCAGAACAAAGGGGGAACCACUUGUGAAUUUAUUCCAGCGUUUUAUGGAAAGAGGCAUCCAACAGAUACACAACAGGUCCCUCAGACCCCUUUUGGAGGGUGUCCUUUGGGCCUCAAUAUUCCUAGGCUAACCCUGAGCUCAUUUUGAAAGUGCCUGAAUUAGUAAGCCAGCCAGAAGACCCUAGUAGCAAUAACUAGCCACUUUUUUGUAAUUGAAGCCAGUGGCCUAGGAUCAGGGUUCUGAGAAAAUUUGCCAAAGCUCCUCAGCUAAGGAGUCUACCAUAUUUCCCUUUAAGAAAUGGGGGUGGGAGGGCCUGAGAAGGGGAGAUGGCUCAGUCCUAGUCCAUUUUUAGGCAAGGUGCAAAAGGACCAAUGGGUGGACCCCCGAGAGGUUCACAAUAAACUAAAACUGGACUAAAAGUAAAUCUAUAUUUGCUCUUCUACAA